AUGGUUGAGAUGGAUGCCAUUGCCACCAAGAAUCAUCACCAAACAUUUAACGUCUCCACUGACAUGCAACAACGAGGAGGCUCUAAGUGUUUCGAUGAUGAUGGUCGCCCCAAAAGAACUGGGACUGUGUGGACUGCAAGUGCACACAUAAUAACUGCAGUGAUUGGGUCAGGGGUGUUGUCAUUGGCUUGGGCUAUAGCUCAGCUUGGAUGGGUUGCUGGUCCUGUUAUCAUGGUUCUCUUCUCUGUCAUUACUUACUACACUUCCAUUCUUCUCUCUGAUUGUUAUCGUACUGGUGACCCUGUCACUGGCAAGAGAAACUACACUUACAUGGAUGCUAUUCAUUCAAACUUCGGUGGCAGUGGCUUUAAGGUCAAGCUGUGUGGGCUAGUUCAGUAUGUUAACCUUUUUGGAGUUGCCAUUGGCUACACUAUAGCAUCUUCCAUAAGCAUGAUGGCAAUUGAAAGAUCUAAUUGUUUCCACAAGAGUGGAGGAAAAAAUCCCUGCCAUAUGAACAGCAAUAUGUACAUGAUUUCCUUCGGUAUAGUGGAAAUUGUUUUCUCUCAAAUUCCAGGCUUUGAUCAAUUGUGGUGGCUCUCCAUUGUGGCUGCUGUUAUGUCCUUCACGUAUUCCACAAUUGGGCUAGGCCUCGGUAUUGGAAAAGUUAUAGAAAACGGAAGCGUUGGGGGAACCUUAACUGGGAUAAGCAUUGGUACUGUGACACAAACUGAUAAGUUUUGGAGAACCAUGCAAGCUCUUGGUGACAUAGCCUUUGCCUACUCUUACUCCUUCGUACUUAUAGAAAUUCAGGACACAGUGAAAUCCCCUCCAUCAGAGUCAAAAACAAUGAGGAAGGCUACUUUUAUCAGUGUUGCUGUCACCACUGCUUUCUACAUGCUUUGUGGCUGUUUUGGGUAUGCCGCAUUUGGAGAUUCAAGCCCUGGAAACCUUCUCACUGGCUUUGGCUUCUAUAACCCAUAUUGGCUUCUUGACAUAGCUAAUGCUGCCAUAGUGAUCCACCUUAUUGGUUCAUACCAAGUUUGCUGCCAACCCAUUUUCGCUUUUAUUGAAAAAAAUGUUGCACAAAGAUUCCCAGAUAGUAGUUUUGUGAACAAAGAAAUUGAAAUCCCCCUCCUUGGUUUUCAUCCUUACAAACUAAACUUGUUCAGAUUGGUUUGGAGGACAAUUUUAGUAAUAGUUAAUACUGUGAUAUCAAUGCUUCUCCCAUUCUUCAAUGACAUAGGAGGACUUAUUGGAGCACUUGGAUUUUGGCCACUAACUGUGUAUUUCCCGGUGGAAAUGUACAUUAUUCAAAAAGGAAUGCCAAAGUGGAGCCCAAAAUGGAUGUGCCUCCAAAUGCUUAGCUUUGCAUGCCUUUUAAUGACUGUAGGAGCUGCAGCUGGCUCUAUUGCUGGAAUUAUCAUUGAUCUUCAAACUUGCAAGCCAUUCAAUACCAACUAUUGA